CACAAAAAUUAUAUUUCCAUAUUUCUCCCUCAAAAACCUGUCCAUUGUAAAGAAAGCAAGAAAGAAAAAAAUUAAAAAAAGAGGCCACUCAGCAAAACCAACAAACAGGUUGAGGACGAAGAAGAAUGGCACAAGGUAUGGCUUCAAUGGCGGGUUUACACGGAUCCUCUCAGGCCGUCUUGGAAGGUAGCCUACAACUAAGUGGGUCGACCCGCUUGAACGUCGUCGGAAACACCCGACUAGCCAUUAACAGAUCUGGGUUCACUGUUAGAGCAGCACAGCAAGUCCCUGCGGAGCCCGAAACAAGCCGUCGGGCAGUGCUUGGUCUGGUGGCAGCUGGUUUGGCCUCUGGGUCUUUUGUUCAAGCGGUGCUCGCCGCUGAACCGGCCAAACCCAUCAAAGUGGGUCCACCUCCCCCACCGUCCGGUGGAUUGCCUGGAACUCUAAACUCAGAUGAGCCAAGAGACCUGGAUCUUCCUCUCAAGGACAGGUUCUACCUCCAACCUCUGACCCCAGCUCAGGCGGCUAAGAGGGCAAAGGAUUCAGCCAAAGAUAUUGUUGGUGUUAAGGAUCUGAUUGACAAGAAGGCUUGGCCUUAUGUCCAGAAUGAUCUACGUCUCAAGGCUGAGUAUCUUCGUUACGAUCUUAACACUGUUAUCUCUUCCAAGCCCAAAGAUGAGAAAAAGUCCCUGAAGGAACUCUCUGGCAAGCUCUUCAAGGUUAUCAGCGAUUUGGACCAUGCGGCAAAGAUCAAGAGCACCCCUGAAGCAGAGAAGUACUACGCUGAGACUGUAUCUACCCUGAACGAUGUUCUUGCCAAGCUUGGCUAAUGAAGAGGAAUUUGUGUAUUUUGAUGUGCAAGCUUUUUUUUUAUAUGACAUUUGUUUGGAUCCUUGUUGUCUAAAAGGGAAUCUAGCUAAUUGCAAAAUAACUCUUGCUCUGCGUUUUCCUUUA